AAUCCCUUCUCUCUAACAAUUAUUUAAUUUUUUUCCCAUUAGUUUCAUAACCACAUUAAAACAUUCGAAUCAUUAUCACGGGCUUUGAGAUUAAUUGAAGCUUGACGAAUCAGUGGAAAUUUUCGUAUUUUUUGUGGCUCAAACAGCCUGAGAUGACGAUUGGCCAAUUUAAAUUCAAGUGCAUCCUCCCCACAACAAUUUUAUCCAAUAGAAUCUGUCAAAACCACCCGAUACAUAACCUCUUCCCGUGAAAAAUGUUUAUUAUUGCAUGUAUGACCUUUACAUAAAUAUUCCCCAAGACAGAGGUCAUAUUUGAACGCUAGGUCCCAGUUGAUUAGCACGAUUGUUUCACGUGAAUUGGCGCAUAAUCACUGAGGAAUAGUUAUAGCAUAAUAUAAACAGCUUUGAGAUCUUUGCUUUGCUGCACUUGAAACAAUAUCGAUGGAGUUGGGUCGCACAAUUUGGAGAUCAAUGACGAAUAUGCUCAGCACAAUUGGAAAUUUCUUUCGAGCACUCACUAAAUGGAAUUGCCUAAGAAUUUUUUGGUCCUAUGCGGCGGUUGAUGAUAUGGCACAAAAAACGGUUGUUGCUGAUACAGCUGCGUCCACAAAAAAUGAUCCUGUGAGAAUUUUAACGUUGAAUAAGGGAGAGCAUCAGGAUGGGAUUUUGUACAGAGUUAAACAAGGCUGGCAUCUGCAAUUCUCCCUGGGCCCCUCCCUAUUCGGCCGUCACUUGAACAUCUUCACCAACCAUCCAAUAUCCCCAGACCAAAAAUUCGCGAGACACACGUAUCACCAACUGAAAUGGACAGACGGCUCGGCGAGUCUGCGAGUAACCACUGCUGGUUCGUUCCACUACUACUUAACAGACUGCCAAGAAGAAAGCGACCUUACGCCCGUGGCAUCCGGCUACGUUCUAGUGGAGCCCGAAUUGUCCCUUGGUUCAUCAGGUGACAAGUUGUCCCUCGACUGCAUCCAAUGUCAAACAGUGUUAUCCAAGAAUCUCGGCCCCAUCUCCACCUGGGAGGAGAAAUUACUCGUGUCAAAAAACUCGGGCUACAACAUGAUUCACUUCACCCCAAUCCAAGAACUAGGCGAAUCUCAAUCAGCGUACAGUCUCAGUGACCAAUUGAAAGUAAACUCGUCAUUCAACGACAGCAACGACAGACCAGCGACAUUCGACGACAUCCAAGCAUUGACGAACAAACUCAGAGACGAAUGGAAAGUUCUCUCGAUCUGCGACAUUGUCUUAAACCACACAGCCAACGAGAGCCCCUUCCUGGUGUCUCAUCCAGAGUGCACGUAUAACUGCUUCAACAGCCCUCACCUGCGUCCCUCGUACCUCCUGGACGCAGUCCUCUUCGAAUUAACACUUCAAGUGGGAGCAGGUGACUGGGAACUCAAGGGAAUACCUCCAGUCGUCGAGACUGAGGAUCACCUCAACGCAAUUCGUCACGCCCUCCACAGCCACUACCUUCCCCUGGUAAAAAUCGAAGAGUUGUUCACCCUAGAUAUUGAUGCAGUUGUGGGAGACCUGGUCAGCCUUGCACGCAGCAGAAUGCCUGAAGACACUCCACCAGACUCAAAUCUAUCGAUAUCGAUCAUCAGAGACCCUCAGUAUCGUCGUCUCAAGGCCACAAUCGACAUGCAGCUUGCCCUAAACAUCUACAACAUUUACAGACAAGAUUGUUUCGACGAGGAUACACGUUUGAAACGCUGCGCCGAGGAGUUCCGGAGGAAACUGGAGGAGCUCAAUCAGGAGAUAAUCAGUGAAGUGCAGAAUCACCUAAAUGCAGCCAUCGAGAACACAAUCUCUGGGAUUCGAUACUUCCGGGUUCAGGCGGAUGGACCGAGGCUGAAGGAGAUCAGCGCCAGGAAUCCAUUGGUUCCUCGAUAUUUCACGGAUUAUGGAGCCCCCAAGAGCCUAGCGGAGCGCGAAGCCAUGAUGUAUAAUGAAUCAGGGUGUUACCUGAUGGCACACAACGGUUGGGUGAUGAACGGAGAUCCCCUGAAGAAUUUCGCUGAUCCUGGCUCCAACGUCUACAUCAGACGUGAGUUGAUAGCCUGGGGUGACAGCGUCAAACUGAGAUUCGGAGACAAACCCGAGGACUGUCCAUUCCUGUGGAAACACAUGGCAUCCUACGUUGAACAAAUGGCGAGGAUUUUCGAUGGAGUUAGACUCGACAAUUGCCAUUCAACUCCAAUUCCAGUUGCUGAGUAUAUGCUGGAUGUGGCACGUAAGACUCGUCCCAAUCUCUACGUAGUGGCUGAACUGUUCACGAAUUCCGAUCAGAAGGACAACAUCUUUGUGAACAGAUUGGGAAUAACUUCACUGAUUCGCGAGGCAAUGGCAGCCUGGGACAGCCACGAAGAGGGUCGUCUGAUUUAUCGUUAUGGGGGUGAGCCAGUGGGUGGAUUUUUCCAGCCACAGCAACGUCCACUUGUCCCCUGCAUCGCACACGCACUCUUCAUAGAUCAGACUCACGAUAAUCCAAGCCCAAUUGAGAAGAGGAGUGUCUUCGAUCUUCUGCCAUCAGCAGCUCUGGUUUCCAUGGCUUGUUGCGCCAGUGGAAGCAACCGAGGCUACGACGAACUCGUUCCCCAUCACAUUCACGUGGUCGAUGAGGUGAGACAGUACACCGCGUGGACUGGUGAUCAAGAGCUCUCUCAAAAGAACCCGAAAUACGUUGGUGAUAAUUCAGGGAUCAUUUCGGCCAAACGUGCUCUCAAUAAUCUCCACUUCAUCCUGGGAAAUCAAAAUUUCUCUCAAGUAUUCGUCGAUCAAAUGGACACUGACGUCGUCGCUGUGACGAGACACUCGCCUGAGACACACGAGAGUGUAGUUCUGGUUGCAUUCACUGCUUUUCAUCAUCCUGAUUCGAGUGCCAGGGAUCUCAGGAGGAGUGUCAGACCUCUCAGGGUCGAAGGGGUCGUUGAGGAGAUCAUCCUCGAGGCUUCUCUCACUUAUAAAGAUGGAGCAACUCCCUUCAGAUUCCCAGAUAUGCAUCAGAAUAAUGAACACUACAUCAAUGGACUCGCUGAUUACAUCGUCAACAUGAGAGAACACAUUCAAAUUCCAGACUCCAGGAUUCUGCAGAAAGUCGACUCUGGCGAUACUAAAAUAACUCAGUUGAAUUUUGUUAAUUUCCAGCCUGGCUCUGUCGUCGCAAUUCGAGUCUCCCUUCAUUCCAACAUUAGACCAGCCCUCGAGGCACUCAACAGCACCAUUAAAUCCAUCACAAUUGGCAUCGAUUCCUCGGAAUUACUCUCCAUUGUUUCUAAACUAGAACUAUCGGACAUGAACAAAGUACUCUACCGCUGUGAUCAAGAGGAGAGAGAUGAAACGGAGAAUAAAAUCGGGGUUUACGAUGUCCCUGGAUAUGGACCUCUUGUCUACGCUGGUCUUCAGGGGGUUGUCUCCCUCCUGGCUGACAUUCGACCGAACAACGAUCUCGGGCAUCCACUCUGUGGAAAUCUUCGUGAUGGAAACUGGCUGAUAGACUACACCUGGCAGCGUUUGAAGAACGACGAGAGCACUCUCGCCCUUGGCAAGUGGCUUGAGCGAGAGUCUGAGCCCUUCAAACUCAUCCCCAGGUACCUCGUUCCAAGGUACUUCGACGUCAUCAUCGUCAAUGUUUACAUGAGCCUGCUGGAGCAGUGCUACAGAAAAAUGUCCAAGUUCGUGGAGGGUGGGUCGACCUUUGUGAAACUGUUGUCACUGGUUUCAGUGCAGAUGGGGGGAGUCAUCAGGUCUGCGCCUCUGCCAGACCUCUCUCCCUCCCUGGAAGCCCCAAAACCGAAGAUCAAUGAGCGCAAUGGCGUGAGGGAGCAGGCAUGUGUGACACUGUCAGCUGGUUUACCACACUUUACCGUCGGCUACAUGCGCAAUUGGGGUCGUGACACCUUCAUCGCGUUGCGAGGACUGCUGCUGCUGACAGAACGUUACGAUGAAGCCAGGUUCAUCAUCUUGGGGUUCGCUGGGACCCUCAGGCACGGAUUAAUUCCUAAUCUGUUGGAUAGGGGCAAAAACGCGAGGUACAAUUGUCGUGAUGCUGUCUGGUGGUGGCUGUACACCAUUCAGUGCUACACCCAAGAGGUUCCCGAUGGUCUGAAGAUUCUCAAUGACAAGGUUUCGAGGCUCUACCCAACCGAUGAUUCCCCAGCACUGCCAGCUGGUCAGAUGGAACAGCCUCUGCACGACGUCAUUCAGGAGGCUUUGACUGUUCACUUCCAGGGCUUGUGCUUCCGUGAGAGAAAUGCGGGGAGACAGAUCGACGAACAAAUGACUGAUCGUGGGUUCAAUAAUCAAAUUGGGGUUCAUCCGGAGACUGGAUUUGUUUUCGGUGGGAAUGACGCUAACUGCGGGACGUGGAUGGACAAAAUGGGAUCGUCUGAGAAGGCUGGUAACAAGGGUAAACCUGCGACGCCUCGGGACGGAUCAGCUGUUGAGAUUGUUGGACUCAGCAAGUCUGUUCUGACGUACUUUGCUGAACUGUAUAAACAAAAUUUGUUCCCCCAUGGGAGUGUCCAACGACGGAACAGAGACGGAAGUACAGUGACUUGGAGCUAUAAGCAGUGGGCAGACAAAAUUCAGGAGAAUUUCGAAAGAUAUUUUUACGUUAAUGAGGUACCAAAAAAUGGGGAAUUGUGUCCUGAGUUGAUUCAUCGUCGAGGAAUUUGCAAGGACAGCCAUGGAGCCUCCCAGGCAUGGGCUGAUUACCAGUUACGUCCUAAUUUUGCUAUUGCCUUGGCAGUGGCUCCUGAGUUAUUCACUCCGAGACAUGCCUGGAGUGCACUGCAACAAGCUGAGAAGAUUUUGCUGGGGCCACUGGGAAUGAAGACCCUGGACCCAGCUGACUGGGCAUACAAUGGGUAUUACGAUAACGCGAAUGACGGGACUGAUCAGAAGGUCGCGCAGGGGUGGAACUAUCACCAGGGGCCAGAGUGGAUCUGGCCUAUGGGCUUCUUUCUGCGUGCACGACUUCAUUUCGCAGCUCUAGUUGGGGAAAGGGAACAUCUGAGGAGGACCAUUCAAUCGACUGAAGCAAUCCUCUCGAAACACUUCGUCGAAGCCUCGACGAAUCACUGGAGGGGACUUCCAGAACUGACGAAUAAAGAUGGGGAUUACUGUCGGGACAGCUGUCGCACUCAGGCCUGGAGUGCUGCAACUAUUCUUGAAACACUGUAUGACUUGAAUAAAUUCAAGUCUCUAGAGGAAUCAUCGAGUGAUUACGCCAACUGAUAUAAUUUUGCGUGUGUUCAUCGUCGUUAUUUAGAAUACUCAGAUCUAGAGGAUAAACACGUCACUAGGGGCAGUAACACGUGCUUCGGUAAUAAUACUGUUAUUUCACAAACACAUGAUCCUAAAAUCCAGCAAGGUACACACGCAUUUUUUUGUAGAUCCCGUGAUAGCAAGGACAGUGCAUCUUCUCACACAAGUAGCACAGCCGUUGUAGAGUGCCAUGAUAGUUGUAAUCCAAUUAAUCCUAGUUAUGUUAAUGACGUUCAGUUGAAUGAUCAUAUUUACGAAGAGAUCAAUCAAAUUUAUGGUUGUAACACUGGAUGCAGUGAGAGGAUGAUCGAUUAUUGUGAGCCAUAUUGUGGAGAUGCUGGGGAAAAAAUCAGGACAGAGGUGUGCCAUGUGUGUGCACAAUGCAGUGGAAACUCGAGAGUUUACAGCGAUCGAUUGAUUUACAAAGGGGAACCUCUUCGUGCACGAGAGAUAUCGAUGCAUCAGCUUGAAUUGUGUUCGGAUCAGCUUCUCUUCAAAUUGAACACUCCGGAGGGGCUCCAACAAGACUAUAUGCCAGUGGUGAAUAUACUAAAAACGCAUGCAUCUGGGAUUUUUUACUCGAAAGAAAAUUGCAAAGAUGUUUUUCAUCUGAAGUCAGUCCUUUCUCCACAUAUUCAACUGUAUGACGACGAAAUGGGGGACAGAAAUUCAAAUACUGAAGUGUAUCAUCGGCUGGCUCUGGAUUCAUUCUGUAGAGUUUCAAAAGAUGCUGUUUUCAAACCAAAAAUUUUUGAGAAUCUUCAGGAGGAGAGUUUUGAAUGUUGGAUGGACUAUGAAAAUCGAAAAAGUAGACUCAAUAGAGAUAAAACUGAGGGCUUGAGAUUAUCGGUGCGAAUGCAUCAUCACAGGUCGAGUCUGAUGCUGCUUGAGCCACUGCUGAUUAUGCCGGACUUUCCCACUCCCAGAGAUAUUCGAGAGAAAAAUAGAAUUGCACAUAAUGAGCAUGUGAAAAUAGUACGGAUUGUUAUUGCUUAUACUCUAUCUUUUUUUCUUCUAGUGAUUGUUACAUUUUACAUUGUCUAUUUCGCUUGAUUUUUCUUCCUCUCUCCUUCCGUCCAUCGAAUGAUGAUUAUAAUGUGUGGGAAAAUUUGAAAGUACAUUCGCUGGGGUAUUCUAUUGGAAUCUUAUUGAUAGAAAAAUUUAAUGGUUUUUUCCAUAUGAAUUAUUUCGUUAGAUUUUCUUGUGAGUUCCUCGAUAUAAAUGCUGCAAGUGUUAUCUUGCAUAAAGAAAAUAGAAGAAAAUUUUUUUGAAAAUUUAUCUUAAUAAAUUGCUAGAGAAAGAGUUUAACAAAUUAAAAACAAACAGAAAAAAAUCGAAUAGAAUUUUCAACAGAAUGCCCAUAAAAUUUUCUAUUAAAUUUCCGCAUGCACGAUUGACUACUCUGGAACUUUUAUUAUUUUUUGAAUUACUAGAGAAUUUGACGUUAAUUCAUGACAAUUUUUUCGUUACUUUUCUUAUUUUCAAUUUACGUUAUUUGUAUUCAGUCUGCAAUGUUGACUUUGUGUGAUGUUUCACGAGUGGCAUAAUGUAUUUUAUUUUGUCUUCCGUGAAUAUAAAAGAAACAUGUUGUGUGGUGAUCAAAGUUUAUUGUUAAAUAUGAAAUUGUACACAAAUAGAAAGGACAUAUAUUUUUUAAAGCUCUGAGAAACGACAGAAAAAGUGAGAUAUCUGAUACAACUAUUUUCACACAAGUGAUUCAAUAGUGUUCAUUAAGUGUUGCAGUACUGAAUGAUAUACUUUUUUCGCCUGUUAUUUGGAUAUAACAUUUUAGGGACGAGUCUAAGAAGAUGUUCAAGAUUUUUAUUUUUCUUGUGUCGGUACUUUUUACAAUCAGUGCUAGGAAGCAAAGAAACUGCCGAAUCGAGUUCGUAAUCAAUGAAAAUGGGAAAUAAUAAUAAAGAAAAUAUAUCGAGCAGCAA